CAAUCGCCAACGCACCUCAUGCAGUAUGCCGUCUUGGCACAGGCAGCGACGAACACCUUCGUUCCCCAACGGUGCGGCUUGUCCUUGUUGAAUUGGCGCAUGGGGUUGUAUCGUGAGCGUGACGGCAAUGUCGUCUCAUCGAAGCUGAUAAUCGGGGGCGGCCUGUAC